AUCUGCCUCUCCAAAUCCCCAAAUCCUCCUCCCUCAUCAGUCGUCACGCCCACCACCCCACCAAAUCCUCCCUUCGUCAUGCCCGGCGCCGGCUCUCCCCUCCUCCCUUGCCGGCGUCCUCCCCUCCUCCCUCCGCCAGCGCGCUUCAAUGAAUGCACGGCGGAGUGGCCAGCGAGCUCUCGGCGGCGCGGAUGGAGGCUGGGUGUGGCCGACGAGCUCCCCGCAGCAGGCCUCAACGCCGGCGCAGAUGGCGAUGAGCUCGGGGCGGAUCUGGCGGCUUCGACGCCUCCUCACCGGCAUGGGCUCGGCCGGCGUCUCCCUCCUCCCUCUGCCGGCAUGAGCUCAGCCGGCGUCCCUCUCCUCCCUCCGCCGGCACCAGCUGGCCUCUUCCCCACCUCAGCCACCUCCUCGGGGCCGAGCAGCGCCGGCUCUCCUCUCCUCCCUUCACCGGCGGCGGCGCGGAUCUGGGCCCAUCCUCCCUCGGCCAACGACGAGCCGCUUGUGGUCGUCGUCUUCCUCGCUUCGUCUCCACUUCCGGCUGGCGACAAGGUUUUGGAGGCGGCGGCGCGGAGCGGAGCACGGGAACGACGACGAGGUCGGCGACGCGGAGCGGGAGGGCGCGAGGUGACAGCGAGUCGGAGGCACGCCCUCCACAAUGCAGGUUCCAGCCGUUUCUCCGCCACGCGUGGUCUUGCGCUAGCGAGAAAUCGCGCUUCCCUGUGUGGGGGCGAGGAGCUCUGGUGGGGCGCGCGACCUAGCGCCACGCACGCGCAAAUCCGAGCUGGCGACGUGAGGUAACGCUCCACGUCACCGCACUGUGAAAGGCCUUAGAACAAAUUGUGAAGAUGCACUGAACAUCAAAAGUGUGUAAAUAAAAUGUUAUUUCCAUUGAACUUCUAAAAAGUUAAAAUAUCCCAAACAUAUCAUAUGGAUCACAUAUAGGAUAGAAAAAAAAACUAAUUUAAGUCUUGGGAAGAAGAAAUACGAGCUCCGAUCGAUGAAUGGACAAGUUUAGGGUGGCCGUGGUCCUUUCUCAACAUUGUGUGGUGGUGAUCAUGUAAGCGUGUGGUGUGGUACGUAGUACAGCCGGGCUGAGUUUUACGGACUCCAAGAAAUUUAUGUUUUAUUCAAGCUAAUUCAUUUCAACAUGUUUCAACACCUCCAACUCUCUAUUUCUUUCAAGUUUUCUUCCUCCUCCAUUGAUUCUUGGCUGGAACGAGUUUGUUCCCCUCCCCUGGAUAGUGUUUGAUAAUAAUUAUGACGAUUAUGUCAAUGCAUGUUUCAUAAAACUGAAGAAUUCACAUAUUUACUUCCUUCAGAGAUUUACUUAAGUAGAGCGCCAUCUCUCUAGCACUCUAAACUUCCUCUGUCAUCCAUGUGUUUAUCUUGUGUUUUCCUGUAUAGCUCCAACUAUCGUUGGUCAGCACAGGCCCCACUCGUUUUCCUAAAGGACCCAUAGAUAGAAAGACAGCAUUAGAUUGAUCUUUAACUAUCCUGAUGUGAAUAGAGGCCUAGAGGGCCAUCGGCCAUGACAUGGAUCAAACAAAGUGUAGUAGUUGGAGACAUGGUUUAAUUGAAAAAGUAGGUUUAUCUUUGCUCCAUUGUAUAUCUUUGGUCGAUAUACAUAGACCAAAGUGAAUUUUAAUUUACUCUUUCCCUCGUGCAUAUUUUUCUCCUAAGGUUUUAUCGAUUGGUUUGUGUUGAUGCGAAAAACACAUACUGGCCUGGAAGAUCUGCUUAACUUCAGUGCAGGUCCAAAAUCUUGCCUUUAGGUUCGUGAGCGUGCCAGUUGAUUUGAUCCUGCAAUCAACAAGAAAUAAAAGACAAAAAGAAUCGUGGUUAAAUCCAUAAACGAUAGCCGAUCAGUCAGCCGCCGAUGACAUAUCAUUUAUUUUUAAGCCGAUGUUAUAUAUGAAUCGAUCGGCAGAGGUAAAUAAGCAAGGUAAGACUAAAUCUAUUCGAUCGGCUGUAGAUAUUAAUGCUAUAUAGUCUUUCUAUCGAUGUAUAUUUAAACUAAGUGAUUGUGAUAGAUCGGUCACCAUACCGAGACAGUAUAAAUCACUUAGAUCGAAAUAUACAUUAACAUGAAGAUUAUAAACGCUUAUAACAUAGCCGAUCAGAUAGAUCUAGCAUGUAUGGGCUAGUACUCUGAUAUUACUCUAUGUUAAGAUAUUAAAACAGAUAGAAUAUAUCAAACAGAAGCCUAAUAUAAUUUAUUGUGAUAAGAUCUUAACAUAAAGGACAGAUUUAGCAUAUCAAUUGAGCAUAUAGUACAUAAGGCUAAAUCAGGUAAGGUCGGCUGAAACCCCGAUUCUAUCUCUAUUGAUGAUCAUAAAACAAGCCAGAUAUCACAAUUAUAAAUACUACUUAAUAGAUCGAACUCAACCGAUGCAGCAUUAAGCAUAAAGAUAAGCAUGAAAUCUAAGCAGGAUGAAAAUAUACAAGAGAUGGUAGAUACACGAUACAAUCUAGAUUAAUAACAAAACAUAACUCUACCAUUUGUUUCCUAACAAUAAGGACCAGCCGAUAACAAGUUAUAUAGCGCUACUAACAUGGAUUGCAACAUGUAUAUGAUAGCUCGACGAAUUAAAACAGGGUUAAAGUAUCAUAAAGAUGGAAGCAUUAACCCCAAUAACACAAGCCGCCAUAACAAGCUUUACCUCUAGUUGAAGAUUGAAAUCGAUGCAGCUCAACCCGAAAGUAAGAACAACUCGUCGAAAUAAACGAAAGUAAAAAGGGUGACGAUGCACCGAGAUUGUAUUGAACGACUGUUAAUUGAUUACAUGGGUUCGGGUUCUAUUUAUAUCCGAGAUGCAAGAUAUGUCAUUGCCGGACAUGAUAUUUAUCUCUAACAAACUCUAAGAUACCAUAAAUCUUCGUGGCAGACUUUUUCCCAAACAUAUCUCUAAGGAAAUAUAAUGAAAUAUCCUAAUUUAAUAGAUACAAUUGCCUAUCCAAGAGAUUUAUCUCUAUCGCGGCAAUCCACGUGAAGCACCUUUAUCGAUUCUAAAAGCAUUUUUGAAAUCAUCAUCAUCGGAAUCGGCUGCAUCACCUCUAUUGGCUGUCCUCUGUCCGAUCCAUCUCAGCCGAUGCAUACUCUGUUCUUUGAAUCGAUUUCUUUCUCGAAUCCGCCUUGAUCCCAAUAUCGAAUCUGGUUCAAAAUUUACCAAAUUUAGUCGUCAACAGUUUGUUGAUAUAAAUUUCAAAGGAAUUUGUAGAUAUCAAUCUCUUAUUCUAAAGGGCUCUUACUUUUUUCAUAAGAUCAAAUCCUUCGAGAUCCCUUCUUUUACUUUGUUCCAAAGUAGGCACUAGUGUGUGGCCCAAAGAUUUGGCCCCGUAGUGUGUUGGUGGUCGGGUGAGGCUCCUCUGAUGUAUUUUAGAGGGAUAUGUACUGACGUGUGGCCCAUGAUGGUUGGCCCCACUAGUCAGGGACCCAUGUCUCACUUUAUGUCAGAGGAGCUUGGUCAGUUGGUGGUUCGUGUUGUUUGUAGCAAUCUAUAAAAUAAUUCCAGUAGAACAAAUUAUUUUUAAGCGUGAGCUUUCAUUAUUUUUUUUAGAGGGGGUGAGCUUUCAAAUUUAAUACUACAUAUUUCACUUUUAAGGUUUUUUAAGUAGAUAUACAGCAACUAUUUAUAAUUUUUAUACCUUGAUCCUCCUCCCUUAUAAGAGGCAGCUUAUAUGGAUACGACACCAAGGUUCAAAUUUUAGUGCACAAGUAUUAUGUACACACGAGCAUGUUUUUAAUUGAAAAUUAGUGAGACCAAGGAUUUAUUGCUGGCCUACGUCCCUUUUAACAUGUAUCAGGGUGAGGGUAUAUAUUUGCGGGUGUGUUAAUGUAGAGCUUGUUCGACACAGCUCUAACUUCAACUCCAUCUCUUUUAGGGCUGGAGCUCAACCAAACGGUUUCAGCUCCACCCAAUAAGGGAGUGGAGCUAACUGAAGUGCUCUCACAAAAUGAAGUAUAGAGGUGAAGCUGGAUUUAGACUGCUCCAUAACUCCACCCCACCCAAACCUAACUCCUGAAAUUAAAUUUAGGGGUUAGAGCCCUACCAAAUGGGCCCAUAGUAGGCAUUUAUGGUUGUGUGUGCACAUGUGUCUUGUAGUCGCAGGUAAGGCAUGGAUACGGAAGCAAACACCAUGACUUUGUGCAAUUGGUAGUUGAAUCACUGAUAUGUAGACCCUACUUUAUUAUGCUCCAUAUGUUAGUAGCAGCUGUAAACUGUACGAAGUCAGAGAAGCCUUAUCUCACAUACACACAUUAAGCUUGAAAUAGAUGUAUCUCGUAGAAAAUCACAAUAAUCUAGGCUGUUUGGUAUUACUUGGUUUGGAUCGUUACCGUUAUUAAAAAUUUAAGUAGCCAAAACUUUAGUAUUGCUAAGUUUGGAUGUAACGUACUUUGAUUUCAAUAUCUAUAAAUGGAUAUUGCAAAAUUAUGAUAAUAGAGAAUUCCAAGCAUGUUCGGUUUGAUAAAGAGAGAACGGCUCCGAGCCACCGACUAGCAAUUUCUACGUGUCCCAAGGACUGAAAAGGUCGCUGCUGGGAAAUUCCCUGUUCUUGUAUAAACGAGAGCCGAACAACCGAGUGGAACACAUAUGAUCAUUGAGCUAAAAUCUUCUUCCGGAUGUGCCGAACCAUCCACUUCUGGCAUAAUUUAUCCUUGCUAUUUUGUUGCCAAUGCUCGUUGCGUUGCAAAGAACCGGGAUACCACAACUAUAUGUACAUCGAUUUGGAGAAAAAUGAAAUAGGACGGCUAUACAUAUAUAUCUACCUCCAUCAGUUCCUAAGUGACAUUUUAGACAAAAGGGACAGAAUUUUACAGUUCGGGGCCAUUCAUGAGCUUCAGGUGCUGCAGCUAAAAACUAAAGCAGCAAAAUUUCUUUAAUGAGCUUUUCACUAUUAGUGCGCCUUCCACAAGUUGUGCAAGUUAUGCAGCACAUAAUCGGAGGACUGCUAAGCUCAGCAAAGACGCACAUUUCGCUUAACAAAUGGCAUCACCACAUGCAGUUCAAAUAAUGAUGUUGGUGCCUCCUGUUGAACUCUAUGAGGCCACCGUAUGUUGGAUCUGCUAUGCCAACGUACAAGGCCUCGGCGUCUGGGCUGAAUGACAAUCCAGCAAUCUCUCCAAACAAGUCAAUCUCGUGAGAUCUGCCAUAGUCUGCAUAUGAAUCGUAGAUAUGGACGAAAUCCACAGGUUCUGCAGUAGCCAAGAACCGCCCGUCUGAAGAGAACUUGAUGCAACGUAUCGAGCCCAU